CUCGCCAGUAGCAACGUUGCAGAGUUUCGGAUGCCUCGUCCGAGCACGAGCCCACGCCGGCAUGCGACGACGAGCCCACGCCGGCAUGCGACGACCAGCCCCCGCGUGCAAUCGACGAUCGAUGCCAUCGUAGCAGCGCCGCCACUGCCAUUGCCGCCGCCGACAUCCACCGUCCUCGGCGUCGCCUGUCCGCCCGACAUGGCCAUCGAUGUCGAUGGCCAUCGGCGCGUGCUCUCGUCGUCGCAUGGCGACAGCGUCCUCACGCAUAUCAACGCGGUGGACGUCGGCACCUUGUCGCUGCGCGAGCUCGAGGCCGUGCUGGCGCGGACCCGGCACGUCGCCCGCACACUGCUUCUGGCGCCGCCCACGCGGGUCCUCACGAUCCACGGGUGCUUUGGCAACGACAAGGCGCCUACAACCACCUAUGUGCCCGUGCCGGUGCAGGUCGUCGACGUGAGCUGCGGUGCGCACCACCUCUUGCUGCGGACGCGGUGCGGGGACGUGUUUGCCUACGGGCGCGGCGAGAGCGGACGGCUCGGGCUCGGCGAUACGAUGUCGCAGACGACGCCAACGCGCAUCUCGACGCUGCCGACGGCGCUCGGUGUCGCGUGCGGGCGCGACCACUCGGUGGUUGUCUGCACGGACGGACGCGCGUUUGCGUUUGGGUGGGGCGAGGGCGGGCGCCUCGGGCUCGGCAUAGACGCUGGCGACGUGCUCACGCCGACGCGCGUCCUUCCGGCCAAGGACACGACAGAGGAUGGUUACUACGUGGUCGGCGCCGGGCGCGAGUCGACGCUGCUCGUGUCCCACUCCGGCCAGCUCUUCUUUUGCGGCGUCCAGCACCUCGUCGGCGAGAACGGCCAAGAGACGACGCAACUGCAUUUGCGUCCGUCGCCCGUGACCUGCGCCGCGCUCGACAAAGCGGUCAUUGCGUCCGUCAAAGCCGGCGAUGCGCACUACAUGCUGCUCACGACCGCCGGCGACGUGUAUACGUGGGGGCUUGGCGCGUCUGGGGCGCUUGGCACUGGCACCUAUACCACCAUCAAUACCCCGACGCGCGUCGUCGGGUUGCCCAAGGUGACCAAGAUCGCGGCCGGGCCGUGGCAGGCGGCGGCCGUCGCCAAAGGAGCCGCGUACGUCUGGGGCGACGGGCUGGACUGUCGUCCCACACAAGAGUCGUGCGUCCAAGCCCCGAUUGGUGACGUUGCUUGCACGACGACGACCACGUUCGUCGUCGCACACGGUGUGGUGCAUGCGAUGCCACGUGGCAUGCUGCCGCCAGCGCUGCCCUCGUCGCCACUGCUAUUGGCUGGUGGCGGCGACUACGUGUGCUACCUGCAAGACUCAGCACGCGACGAGACAACGACGCAGGACGUAGUUGGUUGAUCAUAUCUAAGACACGCACACAAUGACCAACCUACUCGACGUGC